AUUCCACUUUAUUCCAGUCUACAGUUAAGUGGCUUGAAGCCGUCAGAGACACACGGGCUUGUAGUAUAAAGACACAGAGUCGGUACCCAUGUGACAUGUGAACGGAGAGCUCGAGACAAAGGUAGAAAAAUCUACUACAGCGCGUGAGGCGUCUGGCGGCGUACGGAGGAGACACAGAGGAUGCUCCAAAUCAAAUCCACGAGGGCUUCUUUUUUCUCUCUCUCUCGUCUCGAAAUUCACGACUUCAUAUAAAUGAUUCAUGAGAGCCUCUUUCUAAGGGAGUAACUGCGCUCGCAGUGAGUUUGAGCUGAAGCCGGUCACCAACAUAUGUGCAGACAGAGACGGUGGCAGAGCCGCGAUCAGAGAGCGCGUGGAGAAAAUUAAAAAGUCAAUUAAUUUCGGAGUUUGAUCAGCGUUCUUGUUAACCUGCCCCGGAGCUCAUCUGUCAGAGGGAUCAACUGUUGCUGCAGCCGGAGCGACACACAGACAUCCUCCAAGUGUGUCGGGCGUUCAUAAUGGAUGUUUGACCGCCACUUGGUCCUGCAUGCAGCCACACUUUAACAUGGAAGAGAGACUGAUACUGUUGUUGAUGCCUCGGAUACACCUUCAUCUGCCCUGAUGAGAUGCCACAUUGUUGCACUGAGGAGAAUGAUAAUAUCCCACUCUGCUGCCGGAUGAUUUCUUACUGGCUGAUCGUCUCAGUGUGUGAAACUAAACACAUUUAUUCUGUUUCUGUCUACAAGGGACCAGAUUUUUUAUAACUCCCUGACACUCGUCAACAUUGUCAGGCUUUUUGUUACAGUGACCUUGUCCGGUUUUGACAUCUAUUCAGCGGGAGAUCAUCAUGCUGAUGAUGAUGAAGAACAGCGGCAUGGAUGCGCAUCAGGUUGAUAUCGAUUCGGAAUUUGAGCCUCACAGCCGGUCGCGGUCGUGCACCUGGCCGCUGCCGUGUCCGGAGGAUUUCCCCGGAGGAGAAGAGGUAAGCCGAGGUCUGGCCCUGGCAUCGGUGAAACUGGAGCAGUACAACGUGCCCGCGUGCCGGGCCGAGAGAAAAGGCGGCGCACCGGCGGAGAUCAAGCAUCCAGCCGGCGCCCCGGCCCCGGUCGUGGCCGCUCCUGCCUGUAUGUCCGGCGCUGCGCUCGAUGUGGCCGGCCAGCUGCGCAAAGCCAAGUCCUCCCGGCGGAACGCAUGGGGAAACCUGUCUUAUGCAGACCUCAUUACCCGUGCCAUCGAGAGCACCCCGGAGAAGAGACUUACCCUUUCCCAGAUUUAUGACUGGAUGGUUCGCUUUGUUCCGUAUUUCAAGGAUAAAGGCGACAGCAACAGUUCAGCAGGAUGGAAGAAUUCGAUCAGACACAAUUUGUCCCUGCACAGUCGCUUCAUCCGGGUGCAGAAUGAAGGGACUGGGAAGAGUUCCUGGUGGAUGCUGAACCCAGAAGGAGGAAAGAUGGGGAAGGGACCCAGACGACGUGCAGCCACCAUAGACAACGGGACCCGCUACCUGAAGACCAAGGGUCGCAUCAGCCGUAAGAGAGCAGGGGCCAUAGGUCUUGGAAGGGGGCAAGGUCAUGGGGCUGGUCCCACAAUGCAAGGCUCCCCAGAGCAUGGAAGUCCAGCAGGGAAAGGAGGUAUUGGCAUGGGGGGUGAGGAGUAUGACACUUGGACUGACCUCCAUUCCCGUACUUCCUCCUCUGCCUCAACGAUGAGUGGCUGCCUCUCUCCAAUCUUGGCAGAGGCGGAGGCAGAUGAACCAGAAGAGGGAGGACUUUCCUGUUCAGCUUCUCCUCGACUCUACCCAAGCCCCACCAGCACCAGAUCCCCUGCCCUGGGCACUGGAGGCCACUGCCCCAAUGUUGAGCUGCCACAGCUGACUGAUCUUACUGGGGCUAUCAGUCUAGAUGAAAGUGGCUAUCCCCAGCCACCGCAAAUCAAAUGCAACGGUUAUCCCUACGUGCCUGGACCCAAGGCAGAGGGCUCCUACUGUGGGCCGAUGUACGCGCAGCCUUCCAUGGGCAUGCUGCGGCACCACACGCCCAUGGAGACCAUCCAGGAGAAUAAGCCAGUCAGCUUCCAGCGCCCAAUGAGGGGCUACUCAGAGAACAAUGCCCUGCAGAGUCUGCUAACUGGAGGUCCAUCGUUCUGCAACAAGGACACGGUGCUGGGCCAGGGACGUGAAACACACACACUAAUGUCACAGGGAACCAAUGGCAUUCACAGCCAGCACAGUCACAAUCAGAAUCGCAGCCACAAUCAUAACCACAAUCACAGCCAAGAGCAUGCUCACACUCCCAGCCUACACAAUGGCCAUGGCUCAGUUCAUGACCAGAAUGCCCAUCAUCAGAACCACAAUCAGGGUCACAAACACCAAGCCAGCCUCGACUAUAGCCACAGCCACAAGCCCCACCCAGCCCAUGACUAUGGCCCUAGUCAUGAGCACAGUCACAGUAACAAAGUAAACGCCAGCCACGAUCACAACCCACGCUCCAGCCAGAAUCACAUGCACAGCCACAACCCCCACAACCCUCACAACCCUAUGCACAGUGGGCCUCACCCUCAGGCCCUCUCCCCACGGGUCAGCAAUGACAUCUUGCAGCCCUACAGCCUCAAGACCUCUAACCACUAUGGGCCCCGUCCACACCUCCCAACAUCACCAUCCCUGCCGCCCAACCCUGCUGGGGUCAUGGACGUCCCCCAGGACCCCUGCCGCUUGGCAUCAGCCCCUCACCCUCGUCACCAGCCUUACCCUGGGGCUCAUCAUCAGGGUAUGACCGAAUCCUGGCAAGGCUACUACCACAACAACCAUCAGCCGGGGAACGCUGGUUACCAGGGGCAGCAGCACAACACCCACAAUAGAAUGGCUGCCAAUCUGGACAUAGAGAAUGUCCCCAAUAGCCUGGACUGUGAUGUAGACUCCAUCCUGCUCAGUGACUUUAUGGACACAGAGAGCAUCGACUUCAACUUUGACGGCUCUCUAUCCCAAGGCUUGGGCAUGGGGAUGGGCAUGAGUUUGGGGGCCUUUGCAUGCCCUCCUUCAGCACACAGCAACCAGAGCUGGGUGCCAGGGUGAACUCACGCCCCCAGGGGUUUGGACAGACAUGAAAUCAGAAAGCUCACCCACCAGGCCAGGCUGCUGGUGGGCUAUACCCUUGGACUGACGGACUGUGAUUCUGUUCCUCUGAGACUGUAGAACAAAAUACAAAUUGUCAUUUUGUUUCCUGGGGACUCCCUUCAGCCCAUAUCCUACUCUCCCUCCAACCCUUCCCCCUGCCCUCCUCUGUUUAUAAAGCCUUCUGUCUCCAUAUUGAGCCUACCCCCAAUGAGCCUAUUCCUAAUGCCCCCCCCCCAUUCAUGCCCUUCAGUUUUUUUGUUUUUGUUGAGUUGUUAUGGCUCCUCCCAAUCUCGUCAUGCCUGUUCAAAGCUGUCAAGCACUUUACAUCCAUCCUUUCAAUACAGAUGCAGUAACAAAAAGACCAGAAAAAGUCAAGUCGUGUGUUGGCUUAGGAUUAAUGUAUGCAAUCUACUUUGCAGUAUUAUCUCUUCCUACAAAGGAGGUGUUGUUUUGACUUAAGAACAUGAUCAAACAGCUGCAUAAAUACCUUUCAAAGUAGAGGUGCUCUCAGAUUGGGGGUUAAAACGCAGAGGGAGGCUUUGAGGUUUAUGGAUGCAGAAAAUAAAGGAGGUUUUAAGAUGACAAUGAAAUAAGACCUUAAGGCAGGGAAGGGGAAAAUGAAUGGGAAGCCCUGGGUCAAAGUGACUUCUCUCCCUGGUGGACAGUGGUGUUUCCUGUUUGGUUUAGAGCGAGAGGACAGUCAUCCAUCAGGCAACCAUCAGCACCACUCCAUUGAAAUGCAACAUCCCUUCUUUAAUCUCCAAAGUAAUGCCAGAGUGAUGCAUCACUAUUGCAAAUCUAAUGCGCUACUCUGUGUUUUUUCAACCCCCCUCUCCCUCCUCAACUCCGGACACACCGGCUUAAUGUGUUUUGGCGAAAGUGAUGAUUAAAGUCACUCUGCACUAAAUGGGGGAGGGAUUGAAAGGGGGUAGUGUUGGGGAGGGGGGCAUUGAGGGGAGAUGAUAGGAGAGGAGAAAUGCAAAUAUUCCCUCUGUGCCUCUUCCUCUCCAUUUUGUGGAUUUAUGUAGCUUUCCCCGUAAUGAAAUAAGCAACGAUCAGAGCCUGCUGCACAUCCUGAGGAGGUCCCUGAUUGGCCUGUGCUGGGCUGCCUCAGCGUGGCUCCUUCACCAGCUGACCCCAGAACAGCUUAGCGAGCAGCUGUGGUCAGGCCAGGAUGUUGAUGGAGCUGCUCUCCUCAGACCCCAGGCAACCUUGUCUAAUUCACUAACACCCAGGUUCAAGCCCACUAUAUGCUUUUACUCCUGUGAAUUGCACACUGAUGAACAGCGUCAGCAGAUUACUAUUUGGUGCUAUCUCCUCUUCCCAGGCUCCCUCCUAUCGCGCCGCCCCAUCCCGAGGUUACUCGGAGGGUAAACAAGAGUAAUUAACCGCCAAACAAGAUGGAUGAUUUAUGCAAGUGUGUGUAUUCGCUCAUCGGCACAAAGUCAUAAUUCUUCCCCCCACCAAGAACAAGCAGGGCGAUUUCUGAGAGGUGAUGCCCAGCGACAAGGUAAAGCGGCUGGCAAGUGGAGUGCUUAUAAUGUCCUUUUAGUCCUUCAAGCAUCCCCUCUACAAGCUUUGCAACCCCCCUUCCCACCACCACCACCACCACCACCACCUCGUCCUGGCCAUAGCUUUACUUUGCUGUUGUCUUUUCUUGUGCUUGUUCUGUGAUUGUGCAGUUGUCUGUCCUGUUACAAUACAGCUUGGAUAGAAGCUUUCGUGUGAGUUUUACUUUCUACAUUCCCAGAGGGAACACGGGCAAAGGGGGCAUUAGCCAACCCUUGUCCUGGCACCUGUCCCACUAAAGAUAGAGAGAAUAGGAACAAGAGAGAACAAAGGUAGAUAGAUACAGAGAGGGACUGAAUGGGAGGGAGGCAGCUAAAUGAGGAGGCAGGAUCUGUGAGACUGGGAGAGAUUUUCCAGCUCGGUGGCUUUCUGUAGAAUUGGCUGUUUGAAUCGGGCCAAAUGUCAAGUGCUACUCAUCCAGCUCCGACGAGCUUUGACCAGAAAGCCACUUCUCCCUCCUGAUCAAGGACAAUGACGGGUAUUUCCAUACACUUUUCUUUUGCUUUCUUCUUCCUUUUCAUGAGUUAAGAUGGCCCAUUGUUGUAACCCAACUGUAAUUUGUUCUCUGGCCUGUGUGCACUUGUGUGUCAAGCUUUCUCGUGGGUGUGCGAGUGUGUGGGCGUGUGUGUAGCACAGUAAUGUACAAGAACUGAUUAAGGGAAUAUUGUUGAGAGCUAACGUGCCCUGGUAUUGUCCAUGCCUGGAUGAGUGCAGCAUACAUAAUAUAUACAGUUUAUAUUUAUUGGUUAGGAGAUGGGUCUAUGGAGGACCAUUCAGACCCUUCACUGCUUUGUCUUCCCCAAGACAAAGAGGCAGAAUGCUAUUUCAGUUUGACGACAUUUCAUUCUGUACAUAAUCUAUAUUGAGAAAAUUGUAUUAUAAUUUUUUGCAAAUAUCAAUUUCUUUUCUAAAAUGAUGUAUCUGCUCAUCUGGUGACCGU